CAUUUAAUCUUUAGUUCUUUUCUAAAUUGAAACAUUCUGACCAUUGCUUGCAUUUUGAUAAUUCUGUACAAUACCAUUUUAUUUGGAACCUUCAGUUGUAUAUAUUCAUUAAAAAAAAUCUAAACAAUAAAAUACAUUUGACACAGCGGCCUUUAGUUUUAAAUAAAACCUUCAGCAGACUUUUAUAGAUGUUUGGGUUGAAAGAUCACAUUUGUUUCUUACAUCACUUCAUCUAUUGUUGAUUUGCCUGGCACUCACUGGUUCGUCUCUGGCACUGUUGUGGUGAGCCUUCACCGCUCCCGAGUCACACACUGAGGUCAAACACGUUACCUGUGGUUUAUGCUUGUGUCUCAUGAAAACAAGAUGAAAAUCAUCUCAUCUGUUUGUGUUCUCACAUCAUUUGUUUGGGGUUUUUCCCGCGUCAUGCUCCGGUUAUGUAUGGGCGGGCUGCAGAGAUUCAGUUUAGUCUUGCAAGAGUUGGUGAGUAUCAGGUAUGCUUUCAUUUUUCAGCAUCUUAAAUCAGCACAAAUUGUGAUCUUUACCCAUUAGGUGUCGAAGAAACUCUGGACAAAAGUAAGAAAAAAAAAAGAUCUAUGUCAGCAUCAUGGCAUCCUGCAGGACUGCACACAAGGUAAAGGGUCUUCUUCAUCCUCUGGUUGAAUGAAACAGGAGGUAGACUGUUUAAAAAAUCUGUCUCUUUAUCUGCUACUCAUAAAAAAUCCCUCUUUUCUUUACUAGUUGCAUCUUCCUUCAAUGCCCACCUUGAUUCUGUUCAUGGUUUUAAUGCCAGGUCAGUCUUGACACUAUGAAGGUAUAGAAAAAGGCUAUUUUACACAAUUUGAACACUUUCAGCCUAAUUCUCUCACCAGCUCCGUGCUGCACCUUCAAGCUGAACUGCUCCAAUCCAGACCUGCCCAGCCUGUUUCAGGCUCUGACUCCCGUCUUUAACCUGAACUCUGUGAGACCUGUAAUGGACACCAACACUCCCACCGACAUCUACAUGUACUUCACUUUGUAUGGGAUCCUUGGAGUGGAUGAAAAGGCACAGCUCCUUGUAACCUACAUUUGGUUGCACUAUUGGUGGGUGAACGAGUUCAUCAGCUGGGACCCCGUCCAGUGCGGCGCGGACAAGAUAACACUUCCAAAGGAAAAAUUCUGGCUUCCAGAUAUAGUAAUCAAUGAGUUUAUGGAGGAAAACAAAGCACCGACGGUCCCGUACGUUUGCUUGUACAGUGAUGGGACCAUUCAUGAUUCUCUGCCUGUCAAAAUUGUGAGCUCCUGUAAUCUCAACAUUUACACAUUCCCGUUCGACAUACAAAACUGCAGCCUCACUUUCAACUCUUACAUUUACUACGCUAUGGACAUAAAGAUUUUCAGUGGGAGAUCAGCUGAACUAAUCACAGAACUCUCAAAAAAUGUGAUGACCACCAAGGGUGAAUGGGAACUGCUGGACAUAGCGGUCCUCAAAAAAUACGUCAAUGACACGUAUGACCUUUACACAGACAAAAUUCAAUAUGAUAUCACGGUCCGGCGCCGGUCCACCAUGUACGUGGUGAACCUCCUGCUCCCCAGCUGCUUCCUGAUCACAGUGGACCUCUUCAGUUUCCUGCUGCCUCCACAGAGCACGGACAGAUCCUCCUUCAAGAUGACCCUCAUUCUGGGCUACACCGUCUUCCUGCUCCUCAUGAAUGACCUGCUGCCCGUCACAGGAAACAGCAUUCCUCUCAUAAACGUGUUCUUCACUCUGUGUCUGGCUCUGAUGGUGGCCAGUCUGCUGGAAACCAUCCUCAUCACCAACCUGCUGUGCUGCACAGCUGACCUCCCUCCUGUCCCUCGCUGGCUCAAAGUGCUUGUCCUGAAGAUCCUGGGCUUUAUUGUGUGCAUGCCACGAAAGAAAAAAAGAAAAUCAGGCAUGUGUCCGAUACAUUAAUGAGAGUCUUUAAAAUUCAAUAGUUCUGUGGGUACAAAGCACCACAUCCAGUGGCGUCUCUUUACCUGGAGACUAGAGUUGACGAUGCCUGUCAGUCACUUUCCAGUGAAUGUUUGGGUUCCAGCUGAA